CUAGAAUAUACAAAAUGAAAACCCCUUAUAUUUCUCACGACAAGAAACACGUCACCUCAUAUGUCUGUCAAAACAAUACACAUACAAAAAUAGUAAAUAAAACUUUUCCAAUUUUAAAUAAACUCUAAUUGAAUUCUUGCAAAAAUGGAAGUUUUUAAUAAAUACCUGUACCAAGUAAGUAGUUCAGUGAGCCAAACUGUAUCUCAAUUAUCAGGAGUAUUACCAGGUAAUCCUGUUACCAGAGAAUAUGAAUCUUCUGCACAUAUUGCUUCAGCUGGACCAGGGCUCCUCUGGAAAAUUUACAAAGGUACCAAACGUUCCACUAAACAAGAAGCCUCAAUUUUUGUAUUUGAAAAGCGCCAGCUAGAGAAAUGGAAUAAAAAUGAUCGGGAGUUAGUUUUGGAGAGUUUGAAGCAUGGGGUACAACAGCUGACUAAGAUCAGACAUCCUCAAGUUUUAACAGUGCAACAUUCUUUAGAAGAAAGCCGAGACAGUUUAGCUUUUGCUACUGAACCAAUAUUCUCUAGUUUGGCCAAUAUUUUAGGUGAAACUACCAACAUGCCUCAGCCAGCUAACAUGUCAGACUAUAAACUAUUUGAUGUUGAAAUCAAAUAUGGCUUAUUGCAAAUAUCUGAAGGCUUGCAGUUUCUGCACAAUGACGUUAAACUGCUACAUAAAAAUAUAUGUCCAGAAAGUAUUGUUAUCAAUUCGUCAGGAGUAUGGAAGAUCUUCGGUUUAGAUUUUUGCGUUCACGACACCAACCCUCCAAAUCAGGCAGCAAACUUUCCUUUUCAAGAAUAUUCUCCUACACUUCCUAGUGUGUGUCAACCAAACUUGAAUUAUUUUGCUCCGGAAUGUAUUUUGACACAGAGUCACUCAACUGCGAGUGAUAUGUUUUCUUUGGGUAUGCUGGUCUAUACAUUACACUCCCCAGGAAAACAAUGUUUUUCGCCAGUGAAAGACUUGCAUCAGUGUAAAUCCAGAGUUCAGCAAUUGAAAAAUCUUAGUGUAAACAAACUUCAAGGCAUUCCAGAUGACUUAAGAGAAUUUGUUAAGCUCCUAUUAAACCUCACUCCGGAAAUUAGACCUGAUGCUCAUCAAUUCAUAAAGAUCCCUUACUUUGAUGAUGUAGGAGUGAAAACUCUUACCUAUCUAGACUCUUUGCUCCAAUGGGACAAUUUGCAAAAAUCCCAAUUUUACAAAGGUCUGCCUGAAGCUCUAUCUAAAUUACCACACAGAGUCAAAUUGCAAAGAGUUUUGGCAUGCCUUGUGAGAGAUUUAGGUCAGCCAACUAUGGUUCCAUUUAUUUUGCCAAGCAUUUUUGAUAUAUCACAGGAUUGUAGUAAGGAAGAAUUUAAAAGUUGUGUGCUGCCACAUUUGAAACCUUUAAUGAAAAUUAUGGAACCUAUACAAAUACUACUUAUCAUGUUGCAAAGAAUGGAACUUUUACUUAAGUUGACUCCAGCAGAAGAUGUGCAACAGCAUGUUCUGCCCAUGCUCUAUAGAGGUUUAGAUUCAGAUUCUCCACAGAUUCACGAAUUAUGCUUGUCAAUUUUACCAACAUUUGCUGGACUUUUAGACCAUGCUAAUGUGAAAAAUAGUUUAUUACCAAGAAUUAAAAAAUUAUGCUUAAAUACAUCCACUUUAAGUGUCAGAGUAAAUUGUUUAUUGUGUGUUGGUAAAUUGUUGGAACAUUUGGAUAAAUGGUUGGUGCUUGAUGAAGUGCUGCCCUUUUUACCUCAGAUACCGUCACGAGAACCAGCAGUUCUAAUGGGAGUUUUAGGUAUCUACAAAAUUGCCAUGAAUCAUAAAAAAUUGGGCAUCAGCAAGGAAAUUAUGGCCACAAGAAUAUUGCCCUUUUUGAUUCCUCUGUGCAUAGAGAAUGGUCUAACUUUAGCACAAUUUGGUGCUAUUACAUCUUUAGUGAAAGAAAUGUUUCAAGCUGUUGAAAAUGAACAUAGAACUAAGCUGGAACAAUUAAAUUCAGUUAAGGAUGAACAAAAAAUGCUGACUUCUUCAAUGCCUACAGUGACGCCAAGUACCAAACCUAUGGAACUUGGUGAAGCAUUUUCCGGAUUGGGAUUGGAUAAUUUUACAUCUGCAAAUUCAAAUAAUAAUGUGGCAAAAGUUAGUCCGUCAUCUACUACCAGUUCAUCAAUGACUCUUGAACAAAAGCAAGCAAUGGCAAAACAGCAAGACACAUACAAAGCAUUCAAUAAUCAAAUCAAGAUUGAGCCUCAAAAAAUUCCAAGUCCUCCCAAGAUUCAGUCUAAAGAUUUAACUUCUAGUUUGCUGGAUGAUUUCACUGCGAAUUUUGGAAGCCAGAAAAAUGAUAAUUUGAAAAUAAAUAGUCCAAAUCAUAAUGUUAAUAUGAAUCAGGUAAUAGCAAGUGGGCCUCUCAAUCAAACUACGAACUAUAACCCUUUUCCUCAAAACAUCACAAAUUUCAAUCAGAUGAUGUCCCCAAAUAACAACCCUUGGGCCACUAACCAUAAUUCAUUUGCUAGGAUGCAGACUUCUCCACAAAUGUCUCAAAAUUGGUCUGCUUUAGAUAGUUUGCUUCCUUCCAACGCAAAUAUCACUGCUAACAAGACUCCAAUGAACCAAAUGGGGAGUAGUCAAGUUCCCCUGAUGCCUUCCACUGGGUCUAAUAGCACAGAAAACAAUAAUAAUCGGUUAAGUAAAAAUGAUCUUUUGGAUUUUUUGAAAUAGGCUAUUGAAUGACUGAAGGUUAAUUGUAAGCACGCACAUAAUUUGUUCGUUUUUUUAGUGUUAGAAAACUACUAUUUUAUUCCAUGGUUUUGUGGCACAACAUUUUAAGAAGCAUUUAUUUUAGAUGUUCGUGUUGAAGGUGGUAUUGUAGGAAGGCAAACUUGGGUUGAAAAUUGUUUUUCUACGAACACUAUUCAAAGUAAACUUUCUAUUAGGUACUCAGAAUUGCAACUAAGUGCAAAAAAUUUAAUUUCAGUGUCCAUUCACUUGUCAGUAAUUAUGUUCCUAGAAAUAGAAUAUUGUCUAUUUAAUAGUAUUUGUAGAAAAAAUGUUAAUUUUAUUGAUUGAUACUAUUGACUUCCUAAGGAUAAAUUUGUACAUAUAAAAGUAUGAUAAUUUAAUACAAGUAAUUAUCAUUUUAUUUAUCUGAUUUGGGUAGCUGCUUAUGUGAUAACGCUUGUUAAGCCAGAUCUGUUUUUUAGUUGCAGUUAAAUGGACUCGUUGAUUAUAGAGUAUUUAAAUUCAGUAUUAGUCAAAAUUUUUUUUUAUUAUUAUACAUACCUACAUUUAUAAUUAUUGAAUAUGUAUUGCAUAAGGUAUUCAAAGUUACUUAUAAGAGGAGGUUAUGCCACUAAUUUUAGAGUAUUUAAGUUAUAUAAUAAAAAUUAUUAUGGCACUAGUAGUGAUUUAAUGAACUAAAAGUUUCAAUUUUGCUUAUUAUCAAUGGGAAAGCCUAAAGCAGGUUUCUGGAUUAGUGGCCUUGCAAAAAUAAUCUUGGCGAAUUGCAUCCAAUGCAAUAUCUUUCCGUUCGUUGAUGCACUUCUACUUAACAUUCCAUUAUUAGAUUAUCAAUAA